AAAUAUAAUCAUAAGACACGAUUUUAUCAAAUUUAUCGCGUGGACAACCUUGAGCUGUUAUCGUUUAUAGAAUUAUUUUCCAGUGCCAUUUUUAUUUAUUAGCUGUAUAUGUAAAAUAUGUUCUAUUCUGAUGUUACCAUUCGAGCGAUGACACAAUUGAUCCGAUAAAAUUGAUUGUACAAUACCCGCGUGAUGAAAAAUCCAGCAUGUAAAUAGUAUCAGGUGAUUGAAACUGUGUCAUUUUGGCUGCCUGUUUUUCUGUCAUCGGAAUUUUUAUGUUUUUGUUAUCAUCCAAUUGUACAGUAUCUAAUUGAUGAGAUUCAUCUCGCAUAAAUUUGCUCCUCCAGGUACAAAUACAGCAACGUGUUAAAGAUGUCUGAAAAACUUGCAAGCAAUCAACCACAACCCAUUGUUAAGAUAGGCCAUUAUACGUUAGGCCAGACUUUAGGUGUCGGAACAUUUGGUAAAGUAAAAAUUGGAGAACAUGUUUUAACAAAACACAAAGUUGCUGUGAAGAUUCUGAAUCGUCAAAAAAUCAAAAGCCUAGAUGUUGUAGGCAAAAUUCGCAGGGAAAUACAGAAUCUUAAACUCUUCAGGCAUCCUCAUAUCAUCAAAUUAUACCAGGUCAUAAGUACUCCUACAGACAUAUUCAUGAUAAUGGAAUAUGUCUCAGGUGGAGAGCUGUUUGAUUAUAUCGUUAAGCAUGGUAAACUUAAGGAGUACGAAGCGCGACGAUUUUUCCAACAGAUUAUAUCAGGCGUUGAUUAUUGUCAUCGACAUAUGAUAGUUCAUCGCGAUUUAAAACCGGAAAAUCUUCUAUUAGAUCACAAUCUUCAUGUGAAGAUCGCAGACUUUGGUUUAUCAAAUAUGAUGAUGGAUGGUGAAUUCUUACGCACUUCGUGCGGUUCUCCGAAUUAUGCCGCGCCGGAAGUAAUAUCAGGCAAAUUGUACGCUGGUCCCGAAGUAGAUAUCUGGUCGUGCGGUGUUAUAUUGUACGCGCUACUUUGCGGUACCUUACCAUUUGACGACGAACACGUUCCUACGCUCUUCCGCAAAAUUAAAUCUGGUGUCUUUCCUAUUCCGGAAUAUUUGAACAAGACUGUUGUUAGUCUGUUAUGCCAUAUGUUACAAGUUGAUCCGAUGAAAAGAGCAACUAUUGAAGACAUUAAAAAACACGAGUGGUUCCAAAAAGAAUUACCAUCGUAUUUGUUUCCGUCACCCGUUGAACAAGAUUCAUCCGUUAUCGACAUAGAUGCCGUGAACGAAGUAUGCGAAAAAUUUAACGUCAAAGAACCGGAAGUACACUCUGCGCUAUUGGGCGGUGAUCCACAUGAUCAGUUGGCGAUCGCUUAUCAUUUAAUCAUCGACAAUAAAAGAAUCGCGGAUGAAGCUGCUAAAGCUGAAUUAAAAGACUUUUAUGUGGCAUCUAGCCCACCGCCGGUAGCGUUUAGCCCAAAUGAUGCGAGCAGCAGUCCCUUGAGGCCUCAUCCAGAAAGAAUUGCACCAUACCGUGAACGUCAAGGUUCGCAAGGUAGUGCAUCCGGACAGAUGCAAGGCAAUCGCGGUACACCUGUAAAAAGGGCAAAAUGGCAUUUAGGUAUCAGAUCACAGUCAAAACCAAAUGACAUUAUGAAUGAAGUUUAUCGUGCCAUGAAAGCACUUGACUUUGAAUGGAAAAUUAUAAAUGCAUACAGUGUUAGAGUACGACAUAAAAACAACUUAACUGACAGAUAUAGCAAGAUGUCAUUACAGUUAUAUCAAGUUGAUUAUAAGAGCUAUUUAUUAGAUUUCAAGUCCUUGUCGACCGAAGAGGAUGAUAUUGGACGAGAUCCAACAUUACCACCUCCGCAAGCAACAGGCCACCACACAAUGGAAUUUUUUGAAAUGUGUGCAGCAUUAAUUACACAAUUAGCGCGAUAACAUGCCUGUUUUUUGAAAAUUAAAUUCCAUUACUGCUUGUGCUUUUAAUGGUGUAUAGUAUGAAAUAAAUGCAGGCUACUAUAAAACAAAUUGUAAGAUUUGUCCUGUAAUUUGUAAGUUAAUUUAAUAUAUAUUUUUAAAAUCAUUAAUUUUAUAAUCUAAAAAUUAAAAAUAUAUAAUUGUGUACAAAAGAAAUAUAUAUAUAUUUCUAACAAUGGAUGCACUCCGGAGUUAUUUUUGUUUCGGAGCAUUGUACUGAUCGAUCAGGACGAAGAAUCUUAUGCUUUGAAGCAAAAAUAACGUCGCAUGGAACGCAUUUAAUGUUACAAAAAAUUACUAAACAGCGCAAUAUCUAUAUAUUAUCAUUUAUUAUUAAAUGCUAUAAUUAAAUGUUACAUUAUUACAAUUUAUUAUAAAUUACAACACAAAUAUAUAUAUUUUUCUAAAAAUGGUUAUUAAUUCUAUCAUAUUGUAUCUAUAAAAUUGGUUCAUAUCAGAAAAAUCAAGUGUGUGUGCAUAUGCUUAGAAAAAUAUACAUUAUAUAUCCUUGUAUUUAAAUUUAUCUCAUAUACAUUAUGGAUAUAAAUUAAGUUAUUUUGUAUAGAGGAUUAACAUGUUGAAAUGAUGGAAGCAAUUUAUAUGUAUAAUUAAUCAUAAUUUUUCUCAUUAUAUUUUGAUUGCCAUGAUUGCUAUGAUUAUUAAAUUUACAGAAAUUUUUUUAAUCUAUAUAUAUAUCGAUUAAAUAACUAUUAUAUUCGGAAGUUACUGAAAUUAUUUUAACAUUUUUGCUGAUAUCAACUUGAUAUGUCUUAAAUUCAAUUAUAUGCUGAAAAUUUAAGCACCAUUUUAUCAUUGCAAUUAAUCAAUAAUUAAAAACAAAAUAUACAUAAUGGCACAUUUCACAUAUGUCAUCUCAUUUUAUACAAAUACGCGGCUCGAAUCUGGUAAUGCUGCC